CGACGCAUUUCAGUGUCGUAAUAUAAGAAAUAGGCAACAUUGCUGUUACUCAACACUAAUUAACUGGGUUGAGGUUACACACAACUAACUUUUCGACUGAAAUAUGAUUGAGCCAUUUGGAUGUAGGAGAAUGACGUAUACAGUAAGCCGCUUCAUUACACGAUGCAUGUCACAGUAUACGAAGGAGAAAGCGCAUAAUACACCAAAGAAACUGAACAAAGGGAUUGACAAGCAUAGAGGCAAAGGUCAGCGCAUUCCUUUACCUGAGGUGCAUGGUGAAGUUUUGUGGGGCAUUCACCCUGUAUCAGCAGCCCUACAGGCAGGGAAAAGACAAAUUCAUCAAGCACUCUUCCAGCAUGGGUUAAAUACUUCACGUGUGUUGGAGCUUCGCAUGCAAUGUGAACGCCUAACCAUUCCUCUUCUGGCUGUAAGAAAUGAUAUACUUGAGGAGAUUUCUGGACACCAUCCACACCAGGGUGUUUGUUUGGAUGUGUCGGCCAGAAUGUCCAGAUUUAUAGAUGUAAACAGAGAUAUCAACAGGUCAAGCUUAACUGACAUCGAGACAGGGGAACCAUCAGUGUGGGUCCUUCCUUACCGAGUUGUGGACACCAUGAACAUGGGCGCAAUUCUCCGAUCUACACACUUCUUCGGGGCCGACAAGGUGCUGUUGCCUUCUUAUUACAGCGCCUCUCUGAAUGCAGUUGUAAGCAAGGCCAGUGCAGGAGCUAUGGAGGUCUUAGAUUUUCUUAGACUGCAGGAUGAGUCCCAGCUGGAAUUUGCAUUACAGAAAUGGAGGGAUGCUGGUGGCGUUAUAGUAGGAUCCACGAGCAACAAAGAGCACUCAUGCAUGGUUCCACUUCACCAGUUUACAGCUGAUAAACCAAUCCUGCUUCUCAUUGGCAAUGAAGCGACAGGCUUACCUGAUGCUAUAUGUCAACACUGUGAUGUCUUGCUGUACAUAGGGGGACACACCUUCACAUCGGCGGACCACUGGCAUGUCUCAUCCCUAAAUGUUUCAGUGGCAACAGGUAUUCUCCUACACAGCAUAAUGCAAACCAGAUUGAAAACAAACAGAUAGCAGCGUCUCAAACAAGUGUGGCUUUGUUUUGAGUUAAAUAUUUUGGAAUUGUCAUUUAAAUAAGCCAAUAAUAAAAGAUGGUAAAGAAAUUUU